AUGAGCAAAAAGUUCAAGUCACAGGCCUCCAGCAGUCGGGCGGCUGCCAGUGCCUUUGGGGGAUUUGGGGGCUUCUCCACAACCUUUGAAAACGAUGGCAGGGAGCCAUCUGCGCUCACAUACAUUGUGGAGCCGCCAGACCUUUCUCGCAUCUCGGACCAGCAACUUGUGAUUGCAUUCAAGAACUUGCUGAAGAAAGAUGAAAUUACUCGAACCAAGGCGCUGGAAGAGCUGAAGGAAUACAUUUCCUCGGUGGAAGCAAAGAGUGGGACCCUUGAUGAAGGCUUUUUAGAAGCAUGGGUUAAAAUCUACCCUCGGGCUUCAAUUGACUUGUCACGGCGGGUGAGGCAACUGGCCCAUACUAUUCUGGGCUCCAUUGCAGGCGUUGUUGGAAAGAGAAUCGCACCUCAUCUUUCGAAGGUUGUUGGGGCUUGGCUGGCAGGGCUUUACGAUAAUGACCGCCCAGUCCACCGCUCUGCCUUGGAUUCUCUUACCACGGUCUUUUCUACUGAGGCCAAAAGGAACAAUCUGUGGAAGAUUUACCAAGGCUCCAUCCUGGACUUUGUUGAAGAUGUCGUUCUCCAUCAGAAGCCAUUGACAUUGAGUGAUGAACGGACGGUCAAGCGCGAUGAUGCUGAGGCUAAAUACGCGCGAGUCGUGGGAGCUGCUAUUUUGCUUUUCAACCGCAUUUUAGGCAAUUCACCCGACGAGGAUCUUCAGAGGAAUCUUCCAGAAAUCGAAGGUUUGCUUGGAAACAAGGCUCUGUGGGCUUUCUGCACUCACGAUGACCCAUUUGUGCGUCGUUCCAUAUACAUUCUUCUACGUUCAGCCAUAUCUCGCGAGCCGGGAUGGGUUGACUGGAAGGUCCUGAGUUCAGCCAUUAUUGGAAAGUCACUAUCCGCCCCGCAGCUAGGGUCUUCUUCUGAAUUAUCUGAGACUCUUCUGCUCUUGACAUCGUUACGGCCGCAGAUAUGGACAGAUGACUACACGGGAAAGACUUCUGCGUCAAAAAGGCUGCGCCAGUACAUCCAGAAAGGGUCCCAGGGAGGCCUUGGGAACUUCUGGUCAAACCUUGAUCAGGUGCUUCGAAUCAUCCCACAUGAAGUGCUUGCGGGAGCCGAAAAAUCCUCUACUAAUGGAGUAGUCUCCAUUUCUAGUGCAUCUGCUCUUACAGAAGUUCUCCAGGAAGGUCUUAAUUCUAGAGAGGAGCCGCGCCAAAACCUAACUAUUGGGUGGAAGACCUACACCAGCAUUGGGGCGUGGCUCUCGACUAUUGUGCCCCAGGACCAGCAACCCGAGCUCAUUCAGAGCAGGCUAUCUCCGUUGGUGGUUAACUACGUGCGACCUAACCCUGAGCUGGCUCAGUGGUCCCUCCCCCUCCAGCCAGCUGAGGAAAUUUGUGCUGAUUGCCUCGCCACGCUCGUAUCUUACGGACAAUAUGAAUGCCUGCAGUCCCUCUGGACGAAGCUUUCAUGUGAUCUGCUAGAGGCUGUGAAACUAUCAUCCCCAGAGCAAUCAAAGGACUUCCGCCCAUCUCAGGAUGUAAUUUGCUCCGAAUCUAACCGUCUCCUUGCAUUGGAGCCCGCUGUUCUUUCACGGAUUUCAGAUGCUGAGAGUGAAGAGCAAGCGCGGAAGAUCUUUGAGAAGUCAAAUCUGUUUCUUCUCGAAGGAUGCUUGCAAGUCCUUCGUUCACGCAACGGCAAACCCUAUGGUGCUGCUGGGGUAGUUGAAGAAUGUAUUCGCCGCCUGCCUUCGGUUGCGAAAGGCUCGCAGGAUCUCCUUAACUUUGUUCAAAACGAUGCACCGGAGCUCCUAUUUUCUCCAUCGGGUGAUCGCCUCAUUAAGAUUAUUUUGGCUUGUCGGGAGUGGGAUGGGUUCUCCUCCAGCUUUGAGAAUGUCCUCGAACGCGCAAUGGAACUGGAGCCUGAGCUAUCUAACGCCCACAUCCUCCAAAGCCUGCUAUCAAGCCUCAAUUUCAAUGAAGUCGGGGACAAAGUCAAACUAUCCUCAUUAAUCAUGCGGGCCCUGGAUAAGGCCUCCAAAGGAAGCCAUUCUCACUGGUCUAUUAUCACUUCUGUCCUUCAAAACCAGACAUCUGGAGGCGAAAUGGCCGAUCAAAUAUUCUUGUCCAUCAUUGAUUCGUUGUCCAAAGAUGAUAGAGUCGUUGAGGCCCUGCACGGACUCUCUCAUCUUGGACAAGCUGUUCCCUCUGCAGUCCGUGAAUUUCAGAGUGGAGCGCAGGGCUCAAAACUGACUGGGAAGCUGUUGUAUUUGACUGAGUCUCCAUCAGAAGAGGUCGCAAAUCUGGCUGAGUCAUUGAUGAGAACUUUCAAGGAAACUGUUGUUGGAGAUACGAGCAUCAAGUCGAAGAUUGAAAUUCUUCGUAGUGGGUUUACUUAUGCCAAUGAGGAAUCCUUAUCGAUUGAAUCUCUCUUUGCUAUUGCAGCGGAGCUAUUGCAGGGCCUCGCAGCAAGUGAGGCCGACUAUGACAUCAGGGAUAUUCUGCCUUCUCCGAGUGCAUGGGAGAAAGCGAUGGGACCCUUUCUUCAGCUUCCACCGCGCGUUUCGACGACCAUAACCAGCCCACUAGGAGGUAUUGUCAACCUUGUUCAGCGCGACGUUUCAGACUCAUUCAAGGCAUUAUGGCUUGCCAUUCCUCGCGACUCCGCCCGUUGUUCUGCUGCAUUCCGAUUGGCAGGCUUUACAGUCCAGGUUUUGUCCUCCUUUGAGAUCAUCAACCGUCUCACCAAUGAGGAUCUCGAAAUUCUCCUUUAUUAUCUGCCGCUAGCUGUGCAGCUGAUCGACGAUGACCUGAGCAUCGAGCAUUGCAAUGGAAUCACAGGGCUGGAACUGGCAGACCAACGUGAGGACUACCUGGAAAUCGUCUUCAAAGGGCGGCAGAUUAUCAGCAACUGGAUCCACGCGAAGGAGCCCUUGACUUCAUCAUCUUCGGAUACCACUGUUUCAUCUUCCUUAAUCUCUUUUUGGAAGAGCAAGUUGGAAUCACUGAAUGGAAACUCGCCCAUUGACUAUCGGAUCGGAGAGGCUUUCACCAAAAUCAUGACCUCUGUGGAUGUAGUCGAGCAUCUUAAAUCGGCAGAUGAUGUUGCUAAGAUUUGCCGUGAGUCAAGGACUGCUAAUGCUAUUCGUUCGGCAUCAUGGUUUGCUGUUUUACGAAGUUCCAUUCUCUCAAAUCCUGCCGGGAACAGAGUCUGCAAUGAGUUGGUUGCAGAUUCAACAGGACUCAGGGCCCAAGAUCCCUCUUCUGAUGGACUGCGAAAACUUGCAUUGCUCAACAUUCUGCUUUCCGGAGAAGAAGACAUUGUAUCAACUAUUCCGACACAACGAUUGGUAUUCCUUAGCAAGCGUCUUAUUGAAUGCCUUCAAUCCGACAUAAAAUCUCUCGGGCUAAGAGCGGAAAUCAUCAGGACUUUGACAUUCAUUCUUCCUGGUCUCACCGAGAUUUAUGGGUCCCACUGGGAGGAAAGCAUGGAUGUUCUGAGUAUGAUCUUUAGAGAGACCCACGGCGGGGAGGAGGGGCUAUCACUUCUGGUCUCUUCUUUCAGAUUUUUCGCGUGUCUGAAAUGCAUGGCAGAGGGAGACAGCAACGACGACCUGCAAGAUGCUUGGUCGGAACGAAAGAAUGGACUGUUCAAUGAACUGGCCUCUACCAUUGGAAAGUUCGAUUCUACGACCACUUUCCAUCAACCUCGUGAUGUCGCUGUUGAGCUUCUACGACGUCUCAUUGACUCCAUCCCAAUUGAGAAGCUGGAGGAUGUCAGCGGGGUCUUUGGUCUCUUGACCGCACACAGCCGCUCUAUCCAGCGCGCUGCAUAUACUAUCCUCCAUCGAUAUAUUCCCCAAGCCCAAGAACAAGUCUCCUUUGAUGUGGCCCUGUCAAAAACUGCAGUUGACCUUCCUGAUGAGCUCAUAUCUUUGCUGCUUGAGCCCCCGACAAUGCAGAUGGUCAACACGGCCUAUGGAGAUGACAAGAUGUGGACUACCAUACGUGCCUACCUCCUGAGUUGGAAGGUGAUCUUUGAUCAUUUCACCAAUGCGUCACUCCCUGUUCGAGAGCACUACGCAGCAAACAUCAAGGAGAACAACGUCUUGAUUCCUUUGCUGGAGUUUACAUUUGAUUUUCUUCAGAAGUCUCACGGCAAGAUUGUUGAUGCAUCCAAGCUUGAUGUACAAAAUUUUGAGCCGGAUCAGUCUGAGAAUGCAGAAAAGGAAACUCAAUGGCUUCUGGUACAUUUGUACUACCUCUGCCUCCGCCACCUGGCGAACAUGACGAAAAACUGGUGGAUCGACACCAAGAAACGGAUCAAGGGACCAGUAGAAUCCUGGUCGGAAAAAUAUAUCUCACCACUUGUGGCCGCGGAUUCUCUCCAGGAUGUUACAGACUGGAUUUCCACUCAAGAUCCUAACGAGGAGCGAGCUUUGAGCGUGAAGAUUUCCCCUAAGACCGCUGAGAUCAUCGCUAGCAUUCCUGUCGAUGAGGAAUCACCCCCCGUUUCCAUUUCGAUCUCUCUACCACCCGCAUACCCUCUUCAUCCCGCACUUGUGGUCGGCCGUAGCCGAGUACUUGUGGACGAGAAGAAGUGGAAGAGCUGGUUGCUUACAAUCCAAGGAGUCAUCAUGUUUGCCAAUGGUAGCCUGAUUGAUGGGCUCCUCGCCUUCCGGCGGAACGUGCAGGGUGCCCUGAAGGGCCAGAACCCCGAACAAGCGAUGUGCCACCUGCAAGAAUACCUUCCACUCGGUCUGCCUGUUCCGAUGGUUCAAGAGCAGCAACCAGAGCACCUGCCCGCUCUGCCGCAACAACUUUGUAUAUGUUUGAACGUGUGUGAACGCCGGAUAUUCGCGCGUUUGGCCCAAUCGCCGCGGAGUGACACUAUUUCCGUGGGGCGCCAAUCCCCCACCCGUCCGAGCUCCAAGCUUCCUCCACCCUCCUUCAUGGCCGCGUCGCAGAUUCCGAACCUUAACCUUCUACGCCGAGGCCGAGGCCAAGGUCGUGCAGGUAGUCGUGGAGUUGAGGACCGCCUUAAUGCUCGCCCCUCCGCUAGAGACCGCGUCGUGCAGGAAACCGACAACGACGCGAGUGUCUCCCGCUUGAGCGCUGUUGAGCUCGGAUACCUCGAUGAUCCCUACGCGACAGCAUUGACGCCGCCUGGUUCUGCAACGAGACGUUUCCCGAUUAUUAACAGGGGAACCUACGUUCGUACGACCGCAAUUGACCAGCUCGUGUCCCGUUUCCUUGGGCCCUACAGCCCUGAGACUCCAAGCAAGCGUAAACAGAUCAUCUCGCUAGGGGCUGGGUCAGAUACUCGCAUCUUCCGGCUUCUUACCUCGCGGAAACCCGCCGACUUCGUCUACCACGAACUUGAUUUUGCUGUCAACACAUCUGCAAAGAUUCGUGCGAUCCAGUCAACGCCGAAUCUACAACAGGCGCUGGGAAUUGAUUCGUUGAGCACCGAUGUGACUGUGUCGGAGGCAGGCGAUGCGCUGCACACACCCUUCUACCAUAUCCAUGCAUGCGACCUACGAUCCUUGUCGGCGAGUACCUCUCUCCCGGAAGCGCUCCCAGGCGUGGACAGGAGUCUGCCGACAUUGUUGAUCUCAGAAUGCUGCCUCAUAUACUUGUCCCCUAUUGAGGCCGUACAGGUGGCAACUUUCUUCACCGAACAUCUCUUUGGUUCUACGCAUGUGCCCUCCGGGGAUAGUGACGAGCCGCAGAAUUUACAGGCUGCCGCCCCCUUGGACUGA